AUGGCCACUCAGCCGAGUGACAACACAGAAUUUCCGCCUGAAAUCAUUCUCAAACCCCUGGCCUUGAUAGGGCUGUCAGGGCUUGAUACGGUGAAUAAUGCAAUCCACAAAGCUAUAUGGGAUGCUUUCUCAAACAACCGUCGACCGGACCGAGCCGCAGUUAGGUUCAAGUUGCUGAAUAACACGUUCGAAUUCCCCGUGGUGAAGCCCAAGAGAAACUCCUAUGAAUGGUACAUCCCCAAAGGUAUAUUGAAGAAAAACUGGAUAACCAAACGCGUAUCGUUAAUACCGGCCGUUGUGGUUAUUUUCUAUGAUAUGGAAUGGAAUGAUCCUCAGUGGAAUGAAAAGAUCAUCGAGUGUGCUUCGAGAGUUCAAUCAAUACGGGCCGCGGUGGAGGGCCACGCUACUCGUGUGGCUGUCGUGGUCGUACAGAGCGGACUGUCACCCCCACCAUCGGAGUACAUGCUCGGAGCUGAAAGAGCACAGGCACUCUGCUCGGCGUGUGAAAUACAAUCUAAGUCUCUCUUCGUACUCCCUCACAGUGAUCACCUCAUGGGUUACAUUAUAAGACUAGAAAAUGCUUUUUAUGAUAUUGCACAAAAUUAUUAUCAUCACGAAACCAAGAACAUCAAGCAGCAUAGAGAUCAUCUGAAUAAGACUACCCAUCAGUAUUUGUUCGUUAGACAUCAGUUCAAACUAGGCUUCCUUAAUGAACUCAAGCAGGACAUAAGCACGGCCCACAAACACUACAUGCAUGCAUAUAACAAUCUUCUAGAUACCAGACAAGUAGAUACUAAUGUUCAUGAAAUAAGAACGGUCUCGGGAUAUAUAAAUUAUAAAUUAUGUAAGCUGUUGUUUGCCUUAAACUUGCCACGAGAUGCAAUUGCACAAGUUAAGUCACAUAUAGACCGUUACAAAAACAGAAUCGGACCUACUGAAUUGCUGUUUGAGCAUUAUGCCUGGAUUGCCAGGCAGUAUAGUGCCUUUGGAGAAUUAUUUGAUGAAGCUAUAAGAUUAGGGCUCCCAGCUAUACAAUCCCAACAUCCUGGUUUUUAUUACCAGUAUGCAGCUCAAUUUACAGUGAAGAGACGGCAAGCCAUGAGAUCAGUAUGUUGUGAUGCUUCACACUAUCCACCAGCUCCGGACCCUAUGGAAGGUAUCGUGGAGUUUUAUGGCCAACGACCUUGGAGACCAGGACGACUCAGUGCGGACCCUCAUGAUCCACAAAAGGAACAAGCGGCCGUGUUAGCUCUGCAGUAUAAUGAAAGAAUUUUCAACCAUUCUGCUAUGAUAAUUAGUUUUCUAGGUAGUGCCAUCUCACAGUUUAAAACAUUUCACUCGCCUAGAAUGAGGAAGCAGUUAGUAGUUGAAAUGGCUAAUGAAUAUUAUUUUUGUGCGGACUAUGGGAAAGCUUUGACUUUACUGUCGCAUAUGCUCUGGGAUUAUAGGAAAGAAAAGUGGUGGUUUUUGGCUUCCCAUGUCUUAAACCGAGCUUUACAAUGUGCCUACUUGUCUGCAAAAAUUCAGGACUAUAUUCAACUAUCAGUGGAAGCACUCUCCAAACACAUUCAAGUGCCAAACAACGACAAAGAUAGAAUAUUUAGGAACAUAAUGGCAGUUCUAAACAUGAACAUUCCGUCACCAGAGCCAAAUCUCCCUCCUUCCUCGCAGAGUAAAGCAUUAGAAAUGUGGCAACUGGCUAUAGAUAAAGAGCCUCUCACAGUUGCCAUAGACAUGAUAAACAUAGCAAGUUUCCUAGAAGUAAAAACAAAGUUCAAGCAACAGAAAUAUAGGAUGGAUGAUACAAUUGAAGUGGAAUUGUUUGUUAGGCUUACAUACAACACAACUCUCGAAGUAAAAAGUGCUUCUAUGACAAUUUCAACAAAUACAGAAACUAUUGACAUAAGUAUAACAGAUGAAGGCAGAACUACCCUGAAACUGAUCGGAGGAGAAGUUAAAAGGUUCCUGUGUCAAUUUAAAGCCAGUCCACAUGAUAAUGGAUCGGAAAUGAAAAUCAAAAGUGUAUCUUUUGUAUUGGACAGUGACAGAAGAAAAAUUGUAAUGAACUUUAAAAUUGAUGAAAUCAAGAAUGUAGAGCCCACGGUCCAUCCUGAAUUACUACACUUUAUAUUGAGUCCUAAAACUGACUAUGAAUUUGAUUGUAUCAUGCCUUUGACCACUACGUCCAUCACCAGCAGAGAAUGUAGGCUGUCUUUAGAUAUUAAAAAUGCAGUGCCGGCAUUACAAGGGGAGUGGUUUCCCACCACUUUCACAGUAAUAAACCAUGAAGAUGGUCCGGUUCAUGAUAUGUCUAUAGUGCUGUCACUUUUAAGCUCUCCAGACAAUCCAAACCCUGAAUCGGUCACAGAGUUGGGCUUUACACACGGUGAACCCGAAGCUCAACCCAUAAAACUUUGUGUCGGAGAUGUGAGCAAAAGUUCUUCAUAUUCAAACACAUUUUAUUUGAAAACUAAUAGAACAGCCACAACAACUGUUCAAAUAAAAGUUAUGUACACAAUAAAUGCUUAUGAAACACCUCAACUUGAAUGUUCAAAAGAAUUCACAACGAAAAUCACAGUGAUCAAACCGUUUGAAGUAUCAACAAGUUUCGUGUCCAUGAACUUUAAGCCUAUAACAAAAUGUUAUGUAGACGAUCCAUUUAUAGUUAUGCCUCAAAUAAAAAUUUUAAGUCCCUGGAAUUUAGUUAUUUUAGAUACGGAACUAGAAACGGUAGAAAGCUUUAGAUAUGCUGAUAAUAAAAAACCUCAAUCAUGUAUAAGUAAUCUACGAGUGGCUGAGAAGAAUGUGGCCUCUGAUGCUAUAUGUAUACAGGCCAAGUACAAGCCAAAGGAAGUCGCUCCGAGGGUAGGCUUGUACAACAUCUCUUGGCAUAGAGAGAGUAACACAGAUGGCCACUGUGUUAUGAGCACUACGGCUCUCUCGGCACUUCCGAUAGAUGAGUGCCCAAUUACUGUUGAAGUCAAUUAUCCAGAGGUCGUCGACCUCCAAACAUCAGUGCCAUUAAAAUGUACUCUAAUCGGGAAAACUAAUACUCCUAUCAGACUGAGUCUCUCCGUGGAAGGCACAGAUGCAUAUAUGUUUUCAGGGUACAAAAAGUUUUCAAUCACUGUACCACCCAGAGACAAGGUUGAGUUAUGUUACAACAUUCACCCUCUAGUGGCCGGAAACACAAUCCCUCCUCGGUUAAAAGCAACGGUUCUUGGUGACACGUCUAGACAAGAGGUUGUAAAAGAAAUGUUUGAAAAAAUCUUUCCUCAAAAUAUUUUUGUUAUGCCUAAAUAUAAUAAAUAA